CGGGUCCCGGGCGGGCCGCGGGACCCAGAAAAAGGCGAGAGGGGUGUCUCCGGGUGGGGGGAGCCUCCUCGCCGGGACUCUCGGGAGGCCUGAUGGAGUAAGAAGAAGGGUCGGCUGUGAAUGUAUGACGUUGAGUGCUUCAGAUCUGAUCACUAUGGUACGGGAACGAAAAUGCAUAUUGUGCCACAUUGUGUACAGCUCCAAAAAGGAGAUGGACGAACACAUGCGGAGCAUGUUGCAUCACAGGGAACUUGAGAACCUGAAGGGCAGGGACAGUAGUCAUGAGUGCCGAGUGUGUGGGGUCACAGAAGUGGGCCUUUCUGCCUAUGCAAAGCACAUUUCUGGCCAGUUGCACAAAGAUAACGUUGAUGCCCAGGAAAGAGAAGAUGACGGAAAGGGAGAGGAAGAAGAAGAAGAAUAUUUUGACAAGGAGCUCGUUCAGUUAAUAAAACAAAGGAAAGAACAAAACCGACAAGAUGAAUCUUCAAAAAGCAGCCAAGAAAUAAACUCAGAUGACCGGCAACCCCAAUGGAGACGAGAAGACCGAAUCCCUUAUCAAGACAGAGAGAGUUACAGCCAAUCAGCCAGGCAUCAUCGUGGCCCUCCACAGCGGGACUGGAAAUGGGAAAAGGAUGGCUUUAAUAAUACUAGGAAAAAUAGCUUUUCACAUCCUUUGAGGAAUGCCGCUGGGCCCAGAGGAAGCUCUGGGUGGCACAAAGGUAUUGCAAGAGGCUCCUCAGGCUGGUUUCACAACCACAGUAAUUCUGGCGGUGGUUGGCAUCCAAAUAGUGGGGUGGUAGACUGGAAUUACAACGCUACAGGAAGGAAUUCCAGUUGGCAUUCUGAGGGAACAGGUGGAUUUCCCAGCUGGCAUAUGAACAACAACAACGGAAACUGGAAAUCCAACGUACGUAGUACAAAUAGCUGGAAUUACAAUGGCCCGGCAGACAAAUUCCAACAAGGCCGAGGCAGAAACGCGAACUAUCAAAUGGAAGACAAGACUGGGCCGUGGAACAAGAAAUUGAGUAAGGCCAGCAAGUACAAUCCAGAGCGCUACAAAUGGCAGUGGCAGGAGAAAGACAAGGCCAGCACAUUCAGGGGUCCUUCUGAAGGAUUUGCCAGCAGUGCGUUUCCUUCCGAAGGCUUGCUCGAAUUCAAUUUCGAGCCGUCAGAAAGCCAAACUCCUAAACCAACAGACCCCCCGCCAGCUUCCAAAAUGAACGGCAAGAACGGUAACGCAGCAAGGGAAAAGUUCCGCCGCUGGACUCCCUACCCUUCGCAGAGGAAUCUGGAUUUACUGUCGGGCUUGAAAGAAAUCACUAGCAACAAGUCCGAAAAGAUAGAUAAACCUCUUUUUAACUUUAGCUUGAUAACCGCAGGCGCACAAGAACCUCAAGCGGAAGAAGCAAACAAUUCCCCAAUGCUGAAAACACAAAAAGAAAUACGUUCUGGGUUUCUGAACUGCAAAGACGUUUGUGAAGGCACCCCGUCCAGUGAGGGGAGGGGCUGCCCCCGCACAGAGCCGCCCGAGCCACCGCGCAGCUCAGAGAAGAGAGCGCCGCCCAAGUCCCCUCUCCUCCCGCUUCCCACCCCCAAAGCCGCGCCUCAAAAACGAGAUCCGAAGAAUCCCCCCAAGCCCCCCGAAGCCCAUUCUCGGUUUCCUGAGGAACAUUCAAAUCCCUUGAACAAACCCGCUGUGGAAGAUGAUCCUGGCUCUUCACAUGUCCCCAAGUUGCGCAGCCCAGGUCCUCGAGGCUUAAAAGGGAAUAAAACGACAUCCGGCACUCCGAAGGAACCUGAGGAGAAUCUAAAUGACACAUUGGAGAAAGUCCAGGAGAGGCCACCGUGUCCCAAGACACUCCCCAGCUCUUCUAAAAGGAGCAGAAGCCACGAGAAGGCAAGUAGGAAUGUGGAAGGGUCUGAAAAGGGGUCCUUGAAGAUGGAGUUUCCAGUACCUGCAUUCGAAGAUGAGAGUGAUGGGGAGGCAUCAGACAUGGAAAAGCCGGAACCAAAAACCAGGACCGCCGUGGGUUCUACAGCGACGGAAACUUUGUCAUGCAGCGCCCACACUGCUGAUGAGAAAGGAGACGAGGAGAGCCUGGAAACGGGUAGGAAGCCUGCCACUUCCCCAUGCAAUGCCACACUUCUGCACAAAGAAUCCGACGUGCAUGUGGCGCCCACAGCCAGCCCACAAGCUGGCCUCCUGCUAGACUCGAAAACCGCACCAGAGCACGCCCAGGGCGACGACCCCGCAAAGUCUCACGCACUCUUUGAAACGGAGAGCUUCGAGAGUACCAGUCUGGAUCCCGAGCUUCAAAAAAACGACAGUAGUCAGCCCUCAGGCCCUCUCCUGCCUGAACUAAGCAAGCUAGGCUUCCCAGCCUCCCUCCAGAGGGACCUCACCCGCCACAUUAGUCUGAAGAGCAAAAGCGGAGCCCACCUGCCCGAGCCGAACCUCAACAGUGCCCGGCGUAUUCGCAACAUCAGCGGCCAUCGAAAGAGUGAAACAGAGAAAGAAUCUGGUCUCAAGCCAACCCUGCGACAAAUUCUAAAUGCAUCUCGGAGAAACGUCAACUGGGAGCAGGUCAUUCAGCAAGUAACCAAGAAAAAGCAAGAGCUAGGCAAAGGCUUACCCAGGUUUGGCAUAGAAAUGGUACCUCUGGUUCAAAAUGAGCAAGAGGCCUUGGACUUAGAUGAGGAGCCUGAUCUGUCCAAUCUAGAAGGAUUCCACUGGGAAGGUGUUUCCAUUUGCUCAUCCCCUGGGUUGACAAGAAAGCGAAGCCUUUCCGAGAGCAGCGUGGUCGUGGACAGGGCUCCUGUGUAUAGCUUCUUUAGUGAGGAAGGUACUGGCAAAGAAAACGAGCCCCAGCACAUUGUUGCUGCGCAGAGUCAGAAAGCGACCAUGUGCCUUAAACAGGAAGUGGUCCCUCUGGCCGCCUCCCUCAGAGCAGGUGAAAGGGCUGAGAACAUUGGCACGCAGAGACGACAUAGUACACAGCCACCCGCUGACCCUGCAAUACCGUUGAUGCAUUUGGCCAAAGACUUGGCCAGCCAGGAGAGGUCCACACCCUUGUCAGAGUACCAGAAUGUCCAGGAGAGUAAUGGAGAAGGAAACUCUCUAUCAUUGAACGCUUCCUCAGCCCUCACCACCUCCACCUUAGCAGAUGCUGCCACAGACAGUAGUUGUACCUCUGGCACCGAACAAAACGACAGCCAGAGUGUUCGGAAGAAACGAAGAGCCACUGGGGAUGGAUCUUCUCCUGAACUCCCAAGUCUUGAAAGAAAAAAUAAAAGAAGGAAAAUUAAAGGAAAGAAAGAACGUUCUCAGGUUGACCAGCUGUUGAGUAUUUCCUUGAGAGAGGAAGAGCUAAGCAAAUCACUUCAGUGCAUGGACAACAACCUUCUGCAGGCUCGAGCAGCCCUGCAGACAGCGUAUGUGGAAGUUCAGCGGCUGCUCAUGCUCAAGCAGCAGAUAACUAUGGAGAUGAGUGCGCUGAGGACCCACCGAAUACAGAUUCUACAGGGAUUACAAGAGACGUACGAACCUUCUGAGCAGCCAGACCAGGUUCCCUGUAGCCUCCCCAGAGAAGCAAGAAACAGAUCUCAGACCACUGCUGAUACCACGCUGUUGCCUAAUCCCUUCUUCCCCCUUUUCCUGGAGGCAACUCCUUCCCAUGUGUCUCCAUCAUCCACCAGAGCCUCUCUCCAACUAGCCACUUCUCCUGCUUUCCAGGCUCAGGGCAACAUCCCUGCCCCAGAUUCAUCGGUUCAGAUUAAACAAGAGCCCAUGUCCCCCGAGCAAGAGGGGAGUGUGAAUUCUGGGUCACAGGGCUCUGAUUUCAGUGUGUCCAAGGAACUACUGCACACUCAGGGAGAGAUGAGUGACAGUGGUCCAGUUCAUCCAGUCCUCCCUGCAGGGCAGUGUGUUUCAGAGCUGACAGAAAGUGGCCAUGAGCCCAACCAGGAUCUGAACCUUUCUGUGGAACAAGGAAGUAGCAGAAGCCGAGCAAACUCUCCAUCUUCUCAGUCCCCCGAUCUUCCAAACCUGCAUAGAGGUGAAUUGUCAGCCAAGGGCCACAGUGGGUCUGAAGCCUGGAGCAGUUCUUUCCUGAGAUCAUCUUUGACUUCAGAAACCCCUGUGCAGAAGGAAGCUCACAGUGCAGCUGAGCAGCCCGAGCAGCAGGCAGAGUCCAGCCUGCCCUCCGCCGAGACCAGGGCAAACAAGAAGAAGAAGAAACUUCGGAAGAAGAAAACGCUCCGGGCUGCCCACAUUCCGGAGAAUAGCGACACGGAACAGGAUGUGUUUAUGGCUAAACCUGUAAGGAAAGUAAAAGCUGGGAAGUUCGCUAAAGGGGGCAAAGUAACAACCUCUACCUGGGAAGACAGCAGACCCCGCCCCGAGCAGGAGAGCGCGAGAGAUGAGCAAGAGAGCUUCAGAGAUGAGCAAGAGAGUGACUCGUCUCUGGAAGUCCUAGAAGUGCCUAAUCCUCAGUUAGAAGUGGUAGCCAUUGAAUCGUCUGAAUCUGGCGAGGAGAAGCCAGACAGCCCAUCCAAAAAGGACACUUGGAACUUGGCUGAGCAAAACCCACUGGGAACUUCUCGCUCUGGGUGUGAUGAAGUGAGCUCUACCAGUGAGAUCGGCACUCCCUACAAGGAUGGCGCCCCUGUGAGCGUGGCAGAAACUCAGACUGUGAUCUCCUCCUUAAAAGGAUCAAAAAACUCUUCAGAAAUAUCUUCAGAGCCAGGUGAGGAUGAUGAGCCUACAGAAGGAAGCUUCGAGGGCCACCAAGCAGCAGUGAAUGCAAUACAGAUAUUUGGAAACUUACUGUACACCUGUUCCGCGGAUACAACCGUCCGGGUUUAUAGUUUGGUGAGUCGGAAAUGUACUGGUGUCUUUGAGGGCCAUACUUCCAAAGUGAACUGCCUGCUGGUCACCCAGACCUCUGGGAAGAACGCAGCCCUUUACACCGGUUCCAGUGACCACACCAUUCGCUGCUAUAAUGCUAAGACCCGAGAGUGCAUGGAACACUUACAGCUGGAAGACCGAGUUCUCUGCCUUCAUAGUAGGUGGCGAGUCCUCUACGCAGGCCUUGCAAAUGGCACGGUGGUGACCUUCAACAUAAAGAACAACAAGCGACUGGAGAUCUUUGAGUGCCACGGCCCUCGGGCGGUCAGCUGCCUAGCCACAGCUCAGGAAGGGGCCCGGAAGCUGCUGGUUGUGGGCUCUUACGACUGCACCAUCAGCGUACGCGACGCACGCAACGGGUUGCUCCUCCGAACUCUGGAGGGCCACAGCAAAACCAUUCUCUGCAUGAAGGUGGUGAAUGACCUUGUGUUCAGCGGCUCUAGUGACCAGUCAGUCCAUGCUCACAACAUCCACACCGGGGAGCUCGUACGCAUCUAUAAAGGCCACAACCAUGCCGUCACCGUGGUCAACAUCCUGGGGAAGGUGAUGGUGACAGCCUGCCUGGACAAGUUUGUUCGAGUCUAUGAACUUCAGUCCCAUGAUCGGCUGCAAGUCUAUGGAGGACACAAAGACAUGAUUAUGUGUAUGACCAUCCAUAAGAGCAUGAUUUAUACGGGCUGUUAUGAUGGUAGUAUUCAGGCUGUGAGGCUAAAUCUGAUGCAGAAUUACCGCUGUUGGUGGCAUGGCUGCUCUCUGAUAUUUGGGGUCGUAGAUCACUUAAAACAACACCUGCUGACUGACCACACGAAUCCGAACUUCCAGACUCUGAAAUGCCGCUGGAAGAAUUGUGACGCAUUUUUCACUGCUCGGAAAGGAUCCAAGCAGGAUGCUGCUGGACACAUCGAACGACAUGCUGACGAUGACAGCAGAAUUGAUUCAUGAAGUUUGUUGCCUCCCAUGUUGGGAAGUCACUAGUAGAACUAUUUCGUUGUGGCCUCUUCACACAGACCACUCCCUCUCCUUCCCCCGGAAGCGGGGAAGGAAAAAGCCAGGCUUACCAACUAGCAAAAGCCUGCGCAGCUCUGUGAGGUCAGAGGUCACAUUUCAAGUUUGUGCAGGAGGGUGCAAUGACAUUGAAACAGAUUUUUUAAAGGAUACCUAUACUCCUCUGGGACAUAGAGUGAUUCAUGCGACAAGCAUUCUUUCCAUGUUUAUUAAAACUCCAGAUCUUAAUUGGUUACCUACUUUGGCCCUAAUCAUAUUUUUGUCGCUUUGAGCUUGCAAUUUCUAGUUUAUGUUUCUUACGAUGCUUUCCGCUUUUGAUAGUCAAGCUUUCAGUACAGCUUUGUUCAGAUGCUACAUUUUCAGGACCCAGUUGUAAAAACUUGGGUGUAUACUUACCUUUCUUAACCAUUAUUUGUAGUGUGUUUCAGAUACUCACUUCCUUAGUAAAUGGACAGAGCUGGCUUGCAGUGCAACAGGACACAUGGGAGAUUAUUGAUAACCAGCUUGAGUUUGAGGAUUCAGGAACCAGUCCCAUUGAGAUGAGUCCUUGUGGGAGCCUUUCCUGGAGAACUUGUGUGCAGGUCUGACAGAGCACCCCCUGUGAGGCAGCAGCCAGGCUAAUGUCUCCUUUUCUGUUCUGCUGUUAGGCCCGGGAGCUCCUUGCCACAGGUGCCUUCGGCUGUUUGGGCUGGAGGCGUACCCUGUGUCCCUGCACCUCUCCUGCCCCUUAACUGUGCCUAGAGCAAUGGCAGCCGUCAGUCCUCUGGGCUCACAGGGCGUUUUCCACCCACCCACAGCACACCAGGUCAGGGAGUUAAGACUAAAGCAUCGCCGACUGAAGCUGGCCUUCUAGAGACUUUUGGAAGCCAGUAGCUUGGUCUUCACCCACCUGCUGGCUGAGGAAAUCUGGGACAACCAGACACCCAGGUCAACAGAGCCUCACUUUCAUUGUGGGACUUGGGGAUUUUUCUCUGGACUGUUGAUCAGUAAAAGUACACUAAGUGUCACUUUCUGCUCUUGUUUCUGGAUUCCAAAACUUAAGAUUGUUGAGAGAGAGCGAAAUGAGUGGGGGGGCCCCAUGCCGCUAGGUGGCCUGAGGGUGUGACCCUGUCUGCGGGCACUGCACCUUCAGGGUUUUCUCACCUGCAGCGUGAGUGCAGCUGUGCGCACUUCUCCCUCUGGCUUUGGGUUGGGGCAGGGUCUGUGAGCCCUUGGCAUUUAUAAUGGAAGACUUAAGUACGUGUUCUUUUCUCUAGGAAAAAGCUCCUGUGUUUCUUACUGGUCCAGAAAACAUUGCGAGCUACUCUAGAGCUGCUGCUAGGUAGCGGACAGCCCCACAAGCCAUUCACUCUCUUCCCUUGCGAGUACGAAAACUUCCGUUAGUCACAUGGCUUAGAUUUGUCGGAUGUUGAAGAGAUCGUGUGGAUCAGGUGGAAUAAUGCUGAUUCUGUGGGAGAUUAAAGCCACUCUUCCCACCUCUCAUCCCCCAUUCCUAGAACCGUGACCAGAGCAGUGGCCUCCCAGAACUCCAUCUGGAUUUACUGUCAAAGCUUGCACUUUUCCCUGGGCCGCAGUGAGGCAGUGUUUGCAUGCUGGCAGGGUGAGGUGCUGAGGAAGCUUCCGGUGCUGUCGGCCAAGGGCCUGUGGAGCAGGGAGAGGGGUGACACGGUUCCAGCGGGCAGUGGGCAGCAGGGCGUGGAGGGCCAGGCACUCGGGACUUAACUCGGUAGAUUUACAGGCGCACAUCUGUCUGGGUGUGUGCAUGGGUGUGCUUCUUGCAUACAUGAGUCCAGGUGGGCACCUGGAUUGUAUUGUUUCUCAUGUCACAAAAGUUUUCUUUGAAGCAGCAGCAGUAAUGUGUUCUUUAUAGCAUCAGGCUAAUGAGUGAUGGAGAAUGACCCAUUCCAGCCCUCUUGAGAAAGGAAGGAGCCGGGGGGGUCUUGGCUCCUUUUGUUUGGUUGUGUCCUGAUCUGUGUGUUUUGAAAGUUGUGCAGAGCUGGGCUGAGGGAAAGUCAGUUGUCGGCGUGUCAUUACAGAUCUCAGCCUCUGCUUGUGCUCCCAGGGCGGUGGCUCAGGUCCGUGUUGACUACGUACAGCUUAGUAGUUCACGAAGGAAAGGAUCUAACUGUCCACUAACCCAACAGAAACUGGCACUUUCCAGUAGUUGGAAGCCAUCUUUAGAAUUCUUGACAACACCAAGCCAAGGAAACCACAGAAUCUUUUCACAUGCUCAUUCUUUAUACCAUUUAUACAUUCUUUAUACAUCAGUUUACACUGAUAAAAGUAUCAGUCACUUUCAGUUUUCUGUAAAAGUUGUUAAUCAGGUUCAGAAUAUAUUUUGGCAUGCUCCUCUGCUCGGUUCUAAACAAUGCAAACAAAAAUAGCAACUUACCUUGACCUGAUGUUACUUGAAUUGAGAAGUGAUUCACUACCACACUCCGGCUUUUGUGGGGAGGUUUUUCUCCCCCAGAAUAGCGAGCACGUGAGUGUUUCAUUCAUGACCUACAUGUGAGUUAUAGGCAGUGCCCUUGCUGUUGAAGUGACUGUUUGCCUAACCACGGUUUUCUUUUGUCGUUUUUCCUGGUAGAUGGUAGAGUGGGCAGCUUGUGACUAGGCAUGUGGCUAGCUGCUGGGCAUGGGCGUAGGCGGCAGCUAGAGCAAUGAAUGGUGUGGUGUGUUUUGUGGAAGAGAAUCCAGUGGAGAGGAGAUUGAAGUAUAUUGCGAGGUGAAAUUUGAAUAGCACACAUACUCUGGUUUGCUCAAAUACUGCAGUUUGUAAGUGCAUACUUUUAAAUUUAGUUCUUGUUACCUAAAGGAGAGCUCUUAGCAUUAUUAUGAAGACCAUGCUUGCCACAUUGGUAAAAUGGUGGUUUCAGCCCAGCCGGAGUCAUUUAAGACCACGGGGUUGAGAGAAGGGUGGAUGGACAGAACUGAGCAAGUGUGGAAGUGCUUUGAGCUCCGCCAAGUUCCAUGUGAAAGUGGAUGUGCGACCCUCCUCUAAAGCAAACCCCUGCUUCCCACACAGGAGCUGACUUCACCUACUGCCCUAAGUGUGUGGCCCUGCUGAGCCGCAUGGUGACUAGGGUUUCCCAGAUUUGCUCUGAAUUCAAGGUUGUAAUGCAGCUGAACUGGAGGCAAAAUGGGGUCAAAGGAGGAAAGGCUGUUGAAGACCUUUCUCCUAUUAGGAGAAAUACUGUCCCCUAGAGCUACUCCAGUACCCUUGGUUUCUGAUUUUUUUUCUUCAGUAUUGAGUAUGGAUUUGAAGGAAGAAAUCAGAUGACACCUGACUGCAAAAAUGUUUAUAAACAAAUAAGCCUAGUCUUCUUACAUUUUGGUAUAAAGCUGUGAACUUCAUAACUUUGUAAAGCAAGGUAUAGAGCAAAUACAAGAGGAGAAUAAAGUACUUUUACUAAUUGACUGUU